GUUUAGCAUGGAGACAGACAGUACAGUUAAAAACAACCGUGCCUCUCUUCCGCAUGACUUCAGCAUGACAGAUCCCUUAGUGGAUCAGAUGACUAAACUCAGACUGAAACUUAUAGAGAAGAAGUUGAACAACGAAAGAAACAGGGUGGACGAAAGAACAGAUUCUGUCCAAUCCUCAAGAACCUAUGAUGGAGAGAUGUAUGCACUGCACGGCGCACUGAGGAGGAAACGAGACUUACUGCAAAGAUUGAGAGAACAGCACAUUCUGGAGGAACUCCGCAGACCUCGUACCUGGGGAGGACCGCAGAGACGACGCUCCCAGCCUCAACACCACCACCGCCACGCUGAUCACUUUCCUUCAUUACCCCCUCCUUACCCAGCGCCCUUCCCCUACCAGCCUACCCCUGGGCCUGUGGUGAUACCGUUUCUGCUCCCUCCGAUACACGUUCCGGCACAGCCCCCACAAUACAUUCAACAAGUUUCAACUAUUCCUCAGCAGCAGCCAACCUUCAUCCAACAGGUGCCACUGCAGCAACAACCGAUGAGCCAGCCGGCCCCGCCCCCUCCGAAUCACGGCCGCAGCAUCAAAGAGGACAUGGUGGAGAUGAUGCUCAUGCAGAAUGCCCAGAUGCAUCAGAUUGUGAUGCAGAACAUGAUGCUGAAAGCCCUGCCUCCCCUGGGCUUCCCUGGGUCUGAGAGGCCCGCAUCUACAGGGCCUUCAGGCUUUUCUGGAUAG